AUGGUGUUGCUCAUCCGUCUGCUGUUGCUCGCACUCGCCACGCUUGUUUCCCUGCCCAUGUCAGGUGCGCAGACCAACAUCACCUUGGGGACCUCCCUGCCAGCCGCCGCCGGUGCCGCCUGGCCCUCCCCAUCCGGCCGCUUCGCCUUCGGUUUCUACGCCACGGGCGGCGGCCUCGCCGUCGGCGUCUGGCUCGCCACAUCGCCCAACGUGACCGUCACGUGGACGGCCGCCGGCAACGACACGCCGGCCAACGGCGGCGAGCUCCAGCUCUCCGAAGACGGCCGCCUGCUCUGGACCGGCGCCGACGGCCAGUAUAGAAGCCUCGCUGCUCCUCCCCAGCCGGCCCUCUCUGCGGCCAUGCGGGACGACGGCAGUUUCGUGCUCUACGAUGCCGACGGGGCCGUGGUGUGGUCCACGUUCGAGUUCCCCACGGACACCUUGCUCCCCGGUCAGGACCUCGUACCUGGCGCGCACCUCUUCUCCAGCGUGUCGCCCACCAACAGGGCCGCCGGCAAGUUCCGCCUCGCCAGCCAGCUCAACGACGAAAACCUCGUCUUGUACCCCGUGCAGACGGAGAAUGUCGGGACCGCCGCGUACUGGGCCACCGGUACGUUCCAAAUCGGUUUCCCGCUCACCCUGCGCCUAGACGCCACCGGAGUGCUAUACGUCACCGGCAACGGCGGCUACACCAAGAACCUCACGCGGCCCGGAGCCGCGCGGUCGCCCGCCGAGACGCAGGUCUUCUACCGCGUCACGCUCGACCCCGACGGAGUCCUGCGCCUGUACCGUCACGCCGUCGCGUCCGACGGCCCGUGGACGACCGACGUCCAGUUGAUCGGGCCAAGCGACCCGUGCCAGGUCAAGGGCGCAUGCGGGCCCAACAGUUACUGCGUCAUCUACCGCGACGCGCAGCCGAGCUGCCUUUGCCCUCCGGGGUUUGACUUCAUCGAUGCUGCCAACGGCGCGCUCGGGUGCACCAGAGCCUCAGGCGCCGGCGACUGCGCGGCCGGUCUGUCCAUGGCGACGAUCCAGAACAUGUCCUGGCCGGACACGGGGUACGCCGUGCUGGGCGCGGCCACCAGCGCCGCCGACUGCCAGGCCGCGUGCAUGGCCGACUGCCUCUGCGCCGCCGUGCUGCUCAAUAGCAACGACGGCACGGGGCGCCGCGUCGGGCGCACGACCAUCGUCGCUCUGGUCUGCAUCGGGAUCCUGACGUGCGUGUCGCUAGCCGCGCUAGUGGCGGCGGCCCGGCUGGUUCUGGCGAACCGGAGGACGGUCGCGGAGCCUGAUGCCGAGGAGGCGCCCCUGAGGACGUACAGCUACAAGGAACUGAAGCACGCGACGUGCGACUUCCGCGAACCGCUGGGCCGCGGCGCGUUCGGCACGGUGUUCCGGGGCACGCUGCUGCACAACGGCGGAGAGAAGGCGAUCGCCGUGAAGCGGCUGGAGAAGGUGGUGGAGGAGGGGGAAGUGGAGUUCCAGCGGGAGGUGCGCGCCAUCGGGCGGACGAGCCACAGGAACCUGGUCCGGCUGCUGGGCUUUUGCCACGAGGGCGCCAACCGGCUGCUUGUGUACGAGUACAUGAGCAGCGGGUCGCUGGCGGAGCGUCUGUUCAAGAACAGCGCCGGCGGAGGCGGACCGCCGGCGUGGGGCGAGCGGAUGGGCAUCGCGCUGGACGUCGCGCGCGGGCUGCACUACCUCCACGACGAGCAGGACAGCCGGGUGAUCCACUGCGACGUGAAGCCGCAGAACAUCCUGAUGGACGCGUCGGGCACGGCGAAGAUCGCCGACUUCGGGCUGGCGAAGCUCCUGCUCCCGGACCAGACGCGGACAUUCACGGGGGUGCGCGGCACGCGCGGGUACAUGGCCCCGGAGUGGUACCGCGGCGUUGGGCCGCUGACGGUGAAGGCGGACGUUUACAGCUACGGCGUGGUGCUGCUGGAGAUCGUGACGUGCCGCCGGAGCAUGGAGCUGGAAGAGGCCGGCGAGGAGCGGACGCUCAUGGAGUGCGCACACGAGUGGCUGUUGCGCGGCGAGGUGUGGCGGGCCGUGGGCUGCGAAGACGAGGCGGCAGAGGCCGUGGAGGUGGAGCGGGCGGUGAAGGUUGCGGUGUGGUGCGCGCAGGCGGAGCCCCAGGCGAGGCCCGCAAUGAGGAGUGUCGUCCUGAUGCUGGAAGGGCUCGUGGAGGUACCGUUCCCGCCGCCGCCGGCCUCCUCCUGA